CAAGACUCGAAUGCCUAUAGGUCAAAGAAUGAACGACUGUCGACUCACUGUGCUUCACUUCAGCCCUCACUUCCAUCCGUAACAGACUCACAAUGGCGGCAUCGGUCUCAGCCUUCUUCGACGAGCUGGCCUCUUCGGACUCUUCUGUGCUGCCAUCGUCUGUGUCGGCACCCCCUGCAAGCGAGACCAUAUGUCCGUCUCUUCUUCAAAUUGUUGCACCACAGCCGACGCGUCCGGUCAACUUUGUGGUGAUCGACCAUACGGAUAGUGCUCUCCGCGAGGCCGAUGUAGACAUGGACGCCGUGGUCACUGCCAUGGGACUCUCCAAUUCCCCGCCCCCGAGGACGAACCUCCAGGAAUUCAUGCUUCCUUUGGAUAGCGAAGCUCAAGGCGUCGUGAAUCGUAUUGCGGGCCUCCCUCCACCUCCGCUCCCAUCUAGGUCCUGCGACACUUCCCCCGCAAGACGACGCAUAGAGAAGGGGAAGCGCACGCCACAGGCGUGCGAGAGGUGCAGAAUUAGGAAGACAAAGUGUAACGGAGGCCGUCCGAGCUGCGAAAGGUGCAUCAGACUUGGCGCUACUUGCGGUUAUGUCUUAGACCACAAAGCCGUGAGGACACAACUCAGGAAGCUGCAAAAGGAGGGUCUUCUAUCGGAUACAAUUGAUCUAUCCCCAAGGAGGACGAGAAGCCACGGUGAGCAGGAGCCAGCGGCAAUGUCAAGGCCUGCACGCAUGACACGGUCCAGAUCAAGGCUUGCGCUCAAUAGUGACCUCGCCUCAGGAGUUGGCGCGAGUGGCGCCUGGUCCGCCCCAGGUGCCAUGGUUGGUCAAGACAUGAUCGUGGAUAUUGCAGUUGGAACGGAGCCUAGCGGUUAUCAUUACCCUCAGCCUGCUGCCGGCCCACAAUGGACGCGGUCGUACAACAACAUCUCGUUGCCUCGCCUUACUGUGCCAUCGCUUUCCAACGGUUCUAGCUCCAGCUCGUCUUCGAGAUACACGCCCUUGGUAACGCCGACUGACGAAGGUUACUUCCAACUGGGCGAGACUGUCAAUGACCGUGCGAAGGUGUUCGCUACCUCUGGUGCCAUGUUCGAACAAGCUAUGUUUCAACGAUGUCCAAGCUACCCUCCGCCGAUCACGCCUUAUCCUGGACGAUCCUUCCCUCCGAUGACGACGAGCGGCAAGUACUAUGACGAGCGGACCUUGCUGCCGGGGCUUUGUGGCGACAUGUCUAACUUAGGACCUGGGCAUGCGAAUGGACGUCUAGCAUCACACGGGUUCAUCGCGCGGCAACAGUCAUCGGUCGACCCAACGAUCAGCGCCGGUGCUGUUUGGAAGGAUGCAUCCCUACCGGAGUUCGGGUCGGCACCUGGACCAGCGCUGUGGAACGAGCUUUUUGGAGGGGAGUAACCAGCUAGAUAAGCCUAGAGGGCCGUAAAUAGUGUGCUCGCGUUCCGGGCAUUGGAUUUUCUGAAGGCCGGUGAACUGUGUACUCGUUCAUAGUCAAUGUAUGUAUGGCGUGGUUUCGUGCGUUUUCAGCUAGUUGCAGA